AUGCUUGUAUGCGUCGAUUUUAAUUUCCCGAAGAUCUUAUGGAAAUCUCUGGAACUAACAACAGGUGUUGAUGAAGUCCAAUUCACUGAACAAUUGUAUGAUUACCACCUAACGCAGCUGAAUACAUUUCCGACACGAGGGAAUAAUGUAAGCAAGCUGCGUGUUCACCUGUUGGAACUAAUUAAUACCUCACAACAUGGAUUUAUCCCAGGCAGAUCAUGUACCACCCAGCUGGUUGAGGUGCUCAAUUCCAUUGGUUCUCUGUUAGACUCGGGUAAACAAACAGAUAUUAUUUUUAUGGACAUGUCUAAGGCCUUCGACAAGGUCAGUCACGCUGCGCUUAUCGCCAAACUUGAAAGAUACAAUACCAGUGGAUCUCUGCUUGAUUGGUUUUCUUCUUAUCUAUAUAAUCGUCGACAGCGCGUUACUACUCUUGGUGCAACGUCUUCUAAAAAACCAGUGUCUUCGGGAGUACCUCAAGGCAGUAUAUUAGGCCCCAUCCUGUUCUUCCUCUAUGUAAAUGACCUACCUGAUGUUGUCAAGAACUCAAGUGUUGCCUGCUUUGCUGACGACACCAAGAUAUUUCGUCGCGUGGAUUCUAUCUGUGAUGCUGAUUUACUCCAAACUGAUCUGAGUAUCUAG